CCGUCGCUGUUGCAACACCGAGACAUUCACUCCUACUACAACGAACAGACGACAACAACACAGACAGAGAAACAUGAGAACCAUGGAGACUUUACAGGAGAGAAUCUGACCACAGAGGCCGAGACAUGAAGCCUAUCAGCCGGAUCAUGAGGCGACAGCACACCGACGCGGACCGGUCACUGACACACACCAGAAAUCUGCUGCUUUUUGUCGAGGAGUUUCAGAAUACGUGAGGAGGAGAAGAGAGAAGUAAACAUGGCUGCUGUUGUUGGUUCUGGUUCUGAGAGGGGUUCUGAACGGACGGCCAUGGAGAGGUUCGGUACCGGAGGGAUGGCGCUCUUGCCCUGGACUAAACAGAUCCUCACCGUGUUGUGGGAACAGCUGAGACUGCUGGUUCAAGUCAUCUACUACACCUUCAUGUCAGUUUUCCAGAUGUUCCGUCUUGAGGUUCACCUGAGGAUCACAGACGAGACCGGUCAGCACAUCCAGCACAUGAGCGCUGCGGCGAGCCAGACGGACUCCUUCCUCUUCUCCUCGUUGUUUGACGGAGAGAACGGCGUAAUGGUCGGCGGUUCCAAUCCCCUCUCUAACUUCUGCGCCGACGUCGGCGACCCGUUCACUGGGAAGUCCACCGCCGAGGCCCUGCUGUCCAGUCUGCGAGGGGACGACCUGUGCUGCGGACUAGUGGACGACUUUGUGUCCAGAACCACCGGGAAAGAAGACAACAUCUUUCUGGGUCACCAGUCGAGCUGGAAGAUGGGCUUCCCCGGCGACUGGAACUUCUUCGUGUCGAGCAGCGACACCUCGAGCGACGGCUGUCAUAAGAGCUGCGAGAAAGUCUUCAAACAGGAAGAAGAGGAGAGGAGCUCUCACUGGAGCAGCGAGGAAGACCAGAACGUGGUGGAGUUCGACAGCGAGGAAAGUAAAGCUCUCUGGGAGUCUCUUUCAAGAUCCAGCGAUCCUUACAACCCCUUCUUCUUCUCUGCGUGUAUCUCAACAAACACCAACAUGGGGAGAAGUAAGAGAGAAGCCAAGGACGGCGACGCUGCUGACAUCAUGUCGGUGAGCAAAGCCACGGAGGAGAUGUUCGGACCUCGAGGUCUGAACAUCUGGGUCAGCCGGUCUGACAGCGAGAGCAGCUGGAGCAGCUGGGCCAGCUCAGACAGCUCCAGUCCAGACAUUGACAAAGAGGAGAGCGAGAGGCUGCUGGAGUUCUUCAGCAGUCCUGAAGAUCCCUACAACCCCAUGUGCUUCACCGCCUGCACCGUAACCACCACAUCCCCCAAAACCCCCCACACCAGCACGGCCCCCGAGCCGUCUCCUGGUCCCCCCUCCAAGUCCGACACAGACACGGAGGAGAAGACCAGCAGCUUCCCUCCUUCAUCUGAGGACGACGAAGAAGAGCAGCUGUGGAAGUCUCUUGGCCUGAAGGACGACCCGUACCAUCCUCUGAACUUCCAGGCCUGCCUCAAGAGCUCUCCAACAACAUCACCACCCCAGUCUGGAAGAGAUCCAGCCCCCCUUGGUGAGAACAGUCCCCCCAUGAAGGGUCAGAAAUGUGAAAAACAGUCAGAAACACUCCAAAAACCUCGAGCCACGAAGCCCUCUCUGCCACAGAGAGGAGUCAAGCAACACUCCCAUCCAGAGCAGACACGGGUGGCCUGGAAGAGACCUGGACCAGCAACUCCACCAGUGACAGAGGAGAGGAAGGAGAGGAAGACCAGCAGAACCCAGAAGAAGGUGCAGUUCUCUCCUCUCGUCCAAGUCCACGUCAUGCGGACCUGGCCCUUUGCCCGCCAGGCGUCCCGUAAAGGACAGUGGGAAGAAAUGGCGCGAGACCGGGACCGCUUCCGUAGGCGAGUCCAGGACACGGAGCAGGCCAUCGGGUACUGCUUCACCCGGCAGCACAGAGAGAUGAUGCGGGCGUACGUGGACCGUGCCUUUAAAUAAUAAAAGAAGAAGAAGAAGAACACUGAAUGUUUCAUUUCCUUUAUUGGACGAGGACUCGUGAUUGGUUGCAAUGCAACAGUGAUUUUUGAUUUGGGCCAAUUAGAAAAUGGAUGUUCGGCCAACUUUGAUGUUCGGUGUCGAGUUGAUCAACUUUGUACCUCAGAGGGUUUUUUUACAUUGUGUGCACUGACUGACACUUUCUAUAUAACCUCAGCAUUACUGUGUGGAAUGUUGUUUUGUAUGCCUUAUAUACUGACCUAGUAAUGUAACUUAUUUAUGCCCUAUGGAGCUUGUCCCUUUGUUUGACCUUUUAUAGUGUUUGAGUGCUGAGACUAGACGUUCAAGUAGAUCCUGAAACGUGUUUUUGAUUUUGUUUGAGCAUGAUGGAAACCAAUCAUUAGUCUGGUCUUAUUGUUCAAACUGUUUUACUUUCUUAUUGACGUUUUGUCUCGUAUUUUAUAAUUUAUUUUGAUAACGACCGCCUCUUGACUUCUUUGUCAUAUCAACGGAAAAGAUUCAGACGUUCACUCGGCUUCUAAAAAGAUGUUUGUAGCAAAUGUUGUCAUAAGGUGCUUUGUCAAAUCAAUAAACUUGUCAUAAAUUA